AUGCUCGUUCAGUCUGUCCUCUCCGCGGCGCUGCUCGCGGCCGGCCUCUUGGUUGACGGCACGCUGGCCAGAGGGCGUGUGCCCAUCUCCGCCAAAGCCCAGCGCCGAUAUGAUGAGCACUACGGCAAGAUGCUCGGCAAGCGAGAGCAGAAUAGCAGUGCCUCGACUGCUGAUUUCCGUUUCCUGAACAGCCAGACGCGGCCCUACCGCGUGGAAAGCCUUCCCGACGUCAACUUCGACAUUGGCGAAAUCUACUCCGGCCUGGUCCCUAUCGACUCGAACGACAGACUUCGCCAGCUGUUCUUCGUCUUCCAGCCGACCAUCGGCGAGCCCGUGGACGAGGUCACCAUCUGGCUGAACGGCGGGCCGGGCUGCAGUUCCUUGGAGGGCUUUCUUCAGGAAAAUGGUCGCUUCGUUUGGCAGCCUGGCACUUACUUGCCUGUGGAGAACCCUUACAGCUGGGUCAACCUGACCAACGUGCUGUGGGUUGACCAGCCUGUAGGCACUGGCUUCUCUACCGGCAUCCCGACGGCCACCAACGAGGAGGACGUGGCGCGGGAUUUCAUCAAGUUUUUCAAGAACUUCGAGGACUUGUUUGGGAUUAAGAACUUCAAGAUCUAUAUCACCGGUGAGAGCUAUGCCGGCCGCUAUGUGCCCUAUAUUUCGUCUGCGAUGAUUGACCAGAACAACACCGAAUAUUAUGACUUGUCUGGUGCCCUCGUGUACGACCCUGUCAUUGGCUCCUACGACGUCGUCCAGGAGGAAGUGCCAGUGUACCCCCUGAUUGCACAGAACAACGCCAUGCUCGACCUCGACGCCGAGCAACUGGCUGCACUGGAGGAAAUGCACGUCGCCUGCGGCUACGACAAGUAUAUUGAGCAGUACUUGACCUUCCCUGCGUCUGGGCUCCAGCCGGACAUUCAGUACAACGAGUCCUGCGACGUCUUUGACGCUGCAAUGGACUACGUGCUGGCCAAGAACCCGUGCUGGAACAUCUACAACAUCGACUCCGUUUGCCCGCUUCAAUGGGAUGUGCUGGGCUUCCCCGGCUCGCUCGAGUACACGCCUCCCGGCUCGACCAUCUACUUCCAGCGCGAGGACGUGGUGAAGGCCCUCCACGCGCCCACCGGCGUCACCUGGACCGAAUGCAGCGACGAAUCCGUCUUCGUUGGCAGCGGCGAUACAUCCCCAGACCCGAUCCAGGGCGCGCUCCCAAAAGUCAUCGAGCACACCAACCGCGUUCUCGUCGGCAACGGCGACUACGACUUCAUCAUCCAGACCAACGGCACGCUCCUGUCCAUCCAGAACAUGACCUGGAACGGCCAGCUCGGCUUUUCCGAGCGUCCCAGCAAGCCCAUCAACAUCACCAUCCCGGAUCUCAUGUACGCCGAGAUCUUCGACGAGAACUAUAUGGGCGGCCUCGAUGGUCCGCAGGGUGUCAUGGGCGUUCAACAUUUUGAGCGGGGGCUGAUGUUCGUCGAGACCUACCAGUCUGGUCAUAUGCAGCCCCAGUACCAGCCGCGUUCAUCGUAUCGCCAUUUGCAGUGGCUGUUGGGACGAACUAAUGAGAUCUGA